AGGGGUGACUCACGUGCGGCCGCCGACGGAACCCCCGCCCCUUGUGUCCCUGAGUCACCGCGGCCCCAGCUCCGUGACACAUUGUCCCCGUGUGUCACCGGCCCUCGAGCCCCUUCGCCGUGACGCCCACCGCAGCAUGUGGGCAGCGGCCAGCAGCAUCCCGAGGACAUCACCAACGGAAAACCCGUCCAGGAGCGAUCUGCGGUGACCCCGGCGGCUCCAUCCUCUGCCCCAAGGUACACAACCAAUGGAGGAAGCUGCUUGCUGCUACCGCAGCUCUCCCCGUCCCCUCCCCUGACGUCACUGCAGCAGGGUGACACCGUGGCUUGCUGGGUGCAGCACCCUGGGGAGGCUCCAACAGCUGCUGCUGGGAAGGGACCCCGUUUUGGCAGCACCUCCACCCAGCGAGGCCCCUGGCUGGGAAACCUUGCACCAAGACACCAGGCUGCUGGGUGAAGCAGGAUGAAUGUGCCAGCUGAGGAGCCAGGCAACCCGGCCCAUGUCACCUUUGAGAGAUUCCUGCGUGCUGGGGAGUGCCAGGAGGUGCUGGGCUGCUUUGGGGAGCUGUGCCAGCAGCUGGGGCUUCAGGGCAGCGGGCUGCAGCUCUACCACGACCUCAAGGCUGCCCUCAACUACUGGAAUGCCAAGGCCCUGUGGAGCAAGCUGGAUAAGAAAGCCGGUCACAAGGACUAUGACCAGGGCACAGCCUGUGCCAACACUAAGUGCCUGGUGGUGGGGGCUGGUCCCUGCGGGCUGCGGGUGGCCAUCGAGCUGGCACUGCUGGGUGCCCACGUGGUGCUGCUGGAGAAGCGCAGCUCCUUCUCCCGCAACAAUGUCCUGCACCUCUGGCCCUUCACCAUCCACGACCUGCGAGCACUGGGCGCCAAGAAGUUCUAUGGACGCUUCUGCACUGGCACGCUGGACCACAUCAGUAUCCGUCAGCUUCAGCUGAUCCUGCUGAAGGUGGCUUUGCUGCUGGGCGUGGAGGUGCACAUCAACGUGAGGUUCUGUGGCCUCGUCCCCCCCUUGGGCAUGGCAGGUGGACAGGGUGGCUGGAGGGCUGUGCUGCAGCCCAGCUCCUCUCCCCUCAGCCACUAUGAGUUUGAUGUCCUCAUCUCAGCUGGCGGAGGCAAAUUUGUCCCUGAAGGGUUCAAGAGGAAGGAGACGAGGGGCAAGCUGGCCAUUGGCAUCACCACCAACUUCAUCAACCACCACAGCCGUGCCGAGGUGGAGGUGGCCGAGAUCAGCGGCGUGGCCAGAAUCUACAACCAGAGCUUCUUCCAAAACCUCUACAACAGAACGGGCAUUGACCUGGAAAACAUCGUCUACUACAAGGAUGACACUCACUACUUUGUUAUGACGGCCAAGAAGCAGAGCCUGCUUAAGAAGGGCGUCAUCCUCCAGGAUAAAGUGGAUAUUGAGAGCCUUCUCGCCCCUGAGAACGUCAACCGUGAUGCCCUCCUCAGUUAUGCCAAAGAAGCUGCCAACUUCUCCACCAACUACUGCCUGCCUGAGCUGGAGUUUGCCCUCAACCACCGGGCACUGCCAGACGUUGAUAUGUUUGACUUCACCUGCAUGACGCGCUCGGAGAACGCGGCGCUGGUGCGGGAGCACAAUGGAGCCCGUCUGCUCCUCGGGUUGGUGGGCGACUGCUUGGUGGAGCCCUUCUGGCCACUGGGCACUGGCGUGGCCAGGGGCUUCCUUGCUGCCUUCGAUGCAGCGUGGAUGGUGCGACGCUGGGCAGCUGGGACACCCCCCCUGGAGGUGCUAGCUGAGAGGGAGAGCAUCUAUCAGCACCUCUCACAGACCUCCCCAGACAACACCAACAAGAACAUCAGCCAGUACAGCAUCGACCCAGCCACGCGCUACCCCAACAUCAACCUGCAGGCCAUCAAAGCCAGCCAGGUCCGGGACCUCUACCUUGUGGGCAUGAUGGAGGUGGACCACAAGAGGAAAAGUGACAACCAGCUCAACACUGCAGUCUCUGGAGAUGCCUAUGAAGAGCUGCUGAGCUGGUGCCAGGCCAGCACAGCUGGGUACCGUGGUGUGGCUGUCACCAACUUCACCACCUCCUGGACCAGUGGCUUGGCCCUCUGUGCCCUCAUCCACCACUUCCACCCCGACCUGGUGGACUUUGACUCUAUAGACCCCCAGGAUCCCAUUCAGAUCCACCAGAUGAUGCUGGACAAGGCAGAGCAGGAGCUGGGCAUCCAGCCUGUCCUCUCCAGCACCGAGAUGGCCACCAUGGCAGAGCCUGACCGCCUGGGGCUCAUCACCUACCUCAGCCAAUUUUAUGAAGCUUUCAAGACCUCUCCAGAGGAGGAGGAGGUCAGCCAGAAGCCGCUGUCUCCCCGUGGCACACGCGGGGCCAUCCUCUUCCUCAGCAAGCUGCAGAAGAGCCGGAACCUGACACACAAACGUACCCAGGACAAUACCCAGCAGGAUGCUGAGACCAAAAGGAUCUGCAGGGACACCAAGGUGGACGUGGGGCUGGAUGGAGACACUCCAGAUGCUGCCCACAAGCUGCUGCAACGCACAAUGUCACACCCAGGGCAGCCGCCGGCCCGUGGGGACAGCAGUGACGCCUGCUACUUCUGCGGCCUCCGUGUCUACAUCCUGGAGCGAGCCAGCGCCGAGGGACACUUCUUCCACCGCAGCUGCUUCCAGUGCCGGCGCUGCGGAGCCACCCUGCGCCUGGGUGACUACAGCUUCGACGAGCAGCACGGUCAUUUUUACUGCUCACUUCACUACUCUACUCCACCCAGCAUGGACCUGCCCCACGAUGAGCCCCCAGCGCUGCCCGAUGGGGAUGCUGCUGCCACUGGCCUGCCCUUGGAUGCUGGGAGCUCAUGCGUGUCCCCCAGGGAGGGGGCACCCAGUCUCCUGCAGCCCGUGACAGCAGCCCCACAGCCGGGGAGAGAGCCUCGGACAGCAGAAGAUGCAGAGGAUGCUGGUGACAUGAAGGAGCAAGAAGUUACUGUUGACAUGGAGGAGCAGGAGGAUGUGGGUGAUAGGGAGGAGCAAGAAGAUGCUGGUGACAUGGAGGAGCAGGAGGAUGCUGAUGACAUGAAGGAGCAGGAGCUGCUGGCACAGCCCAGGGGAGACAGAAGGGAGGAGGCAGAUCCCAGAUUGGAGCCCCAAGGGGUGGCAGAGGAGACUGAGGAGCGUGGGGGCAGGAGGAAGAUAGUCCUCACACCGCUGGAGAAGUUCAAGCUGUCCACACUGAACCUCACCAGUGAAGCAGAGCCUGAGCCACCACUGAAGCCAGCUCGUCUGCGGCUCCAAGUGCCACCCGAGGCUGCCCCUGCCCUGUGGGGGGGACAAGACCCCUGGGGAGAGGAGGAGGAGGAUGACAUAGCCAUGGAAGGAGCUUUGGAGGAGAGUGACAGUGAGGAAGAGGAGGAAGACACAGUCCUUGGCACUAUGACACAGUCGCUCCUGAACCUCAGGCCAGAGGGGAAGCCAACCACACUGGAGCGUACCCUGACCCGCCGGGCCCGGGACGCCCAGACCAAGCGCUUCCGCCAAGCCCAGGCCAUCCAAAGGCGGCUGGAAGAAAUCGAGGUGACAUUUCGGGAACUGGAGCAACAGGGCAUCAAGCUGGAGAAGUUACUCCGGGAUGAGGGAGGCACCCCAGAAGAGCAGAAGACACAGUGGAUGAACCAGCUGCUGUACCUGGUCCAGAAGAAGAACAACCUACUGUCUGAGGAGUCGGACCUUAUGAUUGUGGUGCAGGAGCUGAAGCUGGAGGAGGAGCAGUGGCAGCUUGACCAGAAGCUCCGGUACUAUGAGAGCAAGGAGGAAUCCCUGAAGACACCUGAGGAUCGCAUAGCUGCUCAGGAGAUCCUGGCGCAGCUGCUGGAGGUGGUGAGGAAGCGCGAUGCCCUCAUCCUCAGGCAGGAGGAGAAGCGGCUCAGCGAGCUGCAGGCCUGAGCCACAUGGUCCCAGAACCUCCCUGUAGGGCCACAAACUGUGUCCCCUGCCCUGGCAUUACCCUGAGCUGCCUCUGAAGGUGGCGAUGCCUGAGCCAUCUGCACGCAGCUGCUCCUGAUUGCCAAAGCCUGCCAGGGAGGGUCUGGACCUGCUGGUAGACAUCCCUGUGGGGAGACACCUUGGAACCACCCCAGCUUUGGGGUGCAGAGAGGCUGUCCCCAGGACUGGCUGGAUUGCCUUUGCCUUGUGCUUGCUUGAAAACAAGAUUUGCAGGGGGCUACAAAACACGGGGUUGUGGUGGCUCUGCCCAGGGUUUGCUGCAGGAGUAAGUCCCACAGGGUGUCCCCCAGCCCUGGAGGUCCCUCAGCCAUCACCUCUUCGAAGGCUUUGUCCAGCAGAGCCCCUCAUGCUUGAACUGCAUGGAUGGAUGCUUCAGGGCAGGCUCCAGCAGGAGCAGUGGCUCCAUCACUAUCUGUCCAGCCCCGUGCAUCAAAGGGCUUUGCUCCCAGCAGCAAGGUUGUGACCACGGCC